AUGGGACUUCGAAACCAAACAUCGGUUGAGAUCGUCAAGAGUCUGGCGAAUAUCCGGGUCUUCCCUCUGUAUCUAGAGACCGCUCUACUCGCCAUCUUCACGAUUCAAACGUCCUACUUCGUGUAUCAUGAGUGCCGCAUCGCAGCCAAGAGUACUCUUCGGAGGACGUACCGUCGUGGUAUGCUCUGCCUAGCAACGUUUUUAUAUCUCUUGGCCGUGGUAUACUGGACUCUCGAUAUCGUCAUCUUGCGGCAAGAACUGCUUGUGUUCGUACCAGGACAAAUGUCCCUGACGCAGAGGCCGGAUGUCGUCGUUGUUCUCCCGGAGCUUGUCGGCAUGUAUUGGUACGCUCGUGCCACAAUGCAGUUGAUGAUCUGGACCAUCAGUGAUUGUGUAGCACUAUGGAGAGCGUAUGCAGUACUGGGAAGGCCCGGAUGGCUCAAUAUCGUCAUACCACUCAUCUUCGUCUGUGCAAUCGGUGCCCAUGUCUGCUUCAUAGUGCUCUAUCUUCAAGUUCUGCCCGAUCCUCCGCGAUUUGUGCUCAUCCUCUGGGAGUCAGAGUCUGCGCUCGUCGUAAUUGCUUCGUUCUUAGCGGUGUCGUCGGUCACUGUAGCCAUACAGACCUUCUCCACAUCCUUGAUCGCUUACAAAGCCUGCGUGAUCUAUAGAGAGCGGCAAGGAUUGUUCCGUGGUCCAGGAAGAGCUUUUCGUAUCCUGGCCGUCCUAAUCGAGAGCGGCAUCGGGUAUAUGUUGCUAUGGAUAUGGUUCAUCGUCGGCAAAAACGGAGAUGUAUUCAAUCUGGCUCAGUCUGUCUGGCCCGACUACUGCAUCAUGAUGCUCACAGCUAUGUACCCCACUCUCGUUGUGAUGCUGGUUACCGUGCGAGACUCCGUGCUCGUGAGCGCCGAUAAUCUGCCACUAUCCAGACCCGGCCACUUCGAGACUCGCGAACUAGGUGGUGCCGCAUCCAGCACUCCCUAA